CUAAAAAAAAUAUAGAAACGUCAACCACCGUCAACGCUAAAUUUAUCCUAGUUUACAUCAUUUUAUAUUUAAUAACAAUUUUAAAUCUCUUCAAUACCUCAAUAUUCUUAGUUUGUUCAAAUCAGAUCACUAAAUAAAAUCAUAAAAUGCCACGCGGUAAAUUUACCAACCACAAGGGUCGUAACCGCAAGUUUACUAGCCCUGAAGAAUUAGAAGAACAAAGGAAACACGAUGAACAGAAGAAGAAAUGGAGAAAAGAACAAGGGAAAGAGAGCAGCAGCGAAGAGGAAUCUGAAGAGGAAAAGUCUGGAUCUGGUAGUGAAGGGAGUGAUUCAGAUGAAGAUCAUCCAACCAAAGCGAAAGGUGUAUCUGGUUUAAUAGAAGUAGAAAAUCCAAACCGUGUAGUAAAAAAAAAUAAAAAGUUAUCUAAUUUAAAUGAUCUUGGAGAUGUGGAGAAACCACAACUGUCAAGACGUGAACGUGAGGAGAUAGAACGCCAGCGAGCGGCUGCAGCCUAUCAGAAGCUUCACGCUGAAGGUAAAACGGAGCAAGCGCGCGCUGACCUCGCUCGACUCGCCAUCAUUCGCCAACAACGCGAAGAAGCAGCUAAGCGCAGAGAGGCAGAGAAAAAAUCUAAAGAAGAUACUACAACUAAAAAAAGGUAGACAAUCUUCUUUAUAGUUGACUACAAGAGGAAAUAUCUUCUGAUGUUUGCAAGCUCACAAUCUCAAGCUGCAUAGCUUAAAAAUAAAAAAAUUAAACAAUUUUUUCAGACUUCUAAUUUAAAUAUCAGAGUAAUGUCAGCUUUUAUUGUAUUUACCGAAGCUUAGUUAUUACUUUCAACUUUAGCUAACCAAAUUCUUUCAUAUCUUUUCUUUGUAUUAGUUAUUUCUUAUACGUAAUUGUUAAACAAAAAAUAUAUAUAUCAAAAUACUUGACUAUUUACAGCUGGUCUUAAUUGAAUGUUCACAAAACAGCUUAGUAUUUUUUUGUAUCUUCACUUAUAUCAUAUUUCGUAUAUUUGCGUAUAAUGGAAAGUACCUUUAUUGUUUUAUGUAUAUUAUUUUUUUAAAUAUUGAAGAAUAACAUAACGAAUUUUAACUUUAUAAAAUAAAUAAAUAUAGAAUAAAUUAGUGAAAUUGUAUGCCUGUAGCGACAAAUAUCAGUGCCUUUAUCAUCUGGAUUAAGAAAUAUCGGUGAUAUUGUCUUUUCUCAUAUGUUCCAAAAAUUCUUGUGACAUACUGCCUGAAAGGGAUGCUAUAUCUUACCGUUUCAAAUGAAUCGAUUUGCUUGAAGGAAACGAAUGUAGCGCCUCUUGUGGUAAUUUUAGUUAACUAAAUAGGUUUUGUAUAUUAAAUCAGUUAUCGCUGUCUUAGCAAUUCGACAAAGAAGGUAUUUAUAUACUCGUAUAGUUCUUUUUUUAUUUAAAAAAAAUUCUUGAUUAAAAGUAUGUAUGUUUGUUCGUAUUGAAUUAAUAUUAAUUUCAUAUCGUAAUUUGCUAAAUGGAGAUUAUAAAUAAGUAUGGGCUAUAGCAAUUAUAUAAGUGAAUCCAUAACGGAUUUCAUUACUAUUUUCGUUUUUAUAUAGACUCACUGGACGUUUUAUAAGACAGUUAUGUAUCUAUAAAAAUAAAUAUUGAAAAUGA